AAAAGUAGUAUUGUGGUGCAAGCUCUACCACUCUGGGGUAUUGUGACAUACACAAAAAAAUGAGUAAAUGAGACUUCUGCCACACACUACUCUUCUCAGCCUGAACCCCCUUUGCUGCCUUGGUGGAGGCCAUUGGUUGCAAAAUAUCUGAUAAUUAAAACCAUGCAAAAAACAGCCUUUCUUAGCCUUCUGAAAGAGAGGUGUGGUCUGUUGGAUUGUUGCCCUCAAGAUUGCUGCUGUGUAGAAAUAGCAUCAUGUUGAACAAGCCUCAAUUUCACACAUGACUUGACUCUCUCUUCUGUGUUUUGGCUUUGUGUGAGCAUGUGAGAAUGUGUGUGAUUUGUAUUGUCUCACUAAACUCUAUCUUUUUUUUUCUCCCUUUCUGCUUGCCUGCUGCUUUCAUUCUGUAGUAUUGGUAUUUGCCAUUCAUUUCACCUUCUGCAUCUAUGCAUCUCAUGAGCUCGGAGCUCUUCACUUUGACGUAUGGGGCUUUGGUCACUCAGCUGUGUAAGGACUACGAGAAUGACGAAGAUGUCAACAAGCAGCUUGACAAAAUGGGCUACAACAUAGGUGUUCGACUCGUGGAAGACUUUCUAGCUCGAUCCAAUGUUGGGAGAUGCCAUGACUUUCGAGAAACGGCUGAUGUAAUUGCAAAGGUAGCAUUUAAAAUGUACUUGGGUAUCACACCAAGCAUCACAAACUGGAGUCCGGCAGGUGACGAAUUCUCCCUUAUCUUGGAAAACAAUCCACUGGUGGAUUUUGUGGAAUUACCAGACAACCAUUCCUCUCUUAUUUACUCUAACCUCUUAUGUGGGGUGCUACGGGGAGCCCUGGAAAUGGUACAGAUGGCUGUGGAUGUCAGAUUUCUCCUGGACACCUUGAAAGGGGAUGGAGUCACAGAAAUAAGGAUGAAAUUUAUCAGGCGUAUUGAAGACAAUCUCCCAGUUGGAGAGGAGUGAGUCUUGAGCAGCCUUCAUGCUGGACUGGAAGGGAUGAACUAACUGAACCUGAGCUUUGUUAGCAUAUAGUACCCUGUGUACUUUCAGACACUGACUGAUUAAGAUGUCGAUUCAUUUGAAUUCUGUUUUAUUUCCACAGAUUUCUAUUAAAAGUUUUUGUAGGAUGUA